AUGCACAGUAUCGUGUCAAUCAUCUCCGGCGCGCAAAUAUCUUCAGAUGAUGACAUACCGCCCGAUGUCUGGAAUUACGCAAAGAAAAUAUUCAAUGCUGCCAUAGACGAUGCUGACUUAGACCUUGUGUCCGAAAAGCUUUGGGAAAAAGCCAAGGAGCUCGUGAAGAAACCAUCGGGGGAAGCAGAAUGGACCGAAGUCUUACAUAUAGCAAUUGACGAGUUGCAGUUUCCGGGACUUGAGGUUGUACGGAAUCGAGGCCGGGGUGAAGAUCUGAAGCCUCCGGUUCACAAUCCUCCGCCGACCGUUCCACGAAGACGUGGUCAGUCAAACCGACCCGUACCGGAAACCAACCUUGUUGAUGGAAGCUCUGUAUCUUCUUUGCCCCGCGCAACGGACUUAAGUUCCCCACUACCAACCGUUCCUAUAUUCAAAUUGAAAGCCCCUCGUCCCGAUAUCUGCACUGGUCUGUCAGAUAAGAGUCUAGUAGUUGACCUUGAGCCCCGGAAGGGCCACAGCGCCGCGAGAAGUUUCUUAUUUGACUUGCAGGACACUGGGAGUCUGAUUAGCGAUCCACAUGUCACCCCUAUGGGCCUGGUUUCCAUUUUUGAUUGUGGAGGCAAAGGCUGGGGCAACUGGUGGGAAUCUAUACCAGGCACAAAACCAAGCUGCGGUGGGCGGUCCAGCAGCUCUUCAAAUACUCUGAAAUCUUGUGGAACUAAAGGAUGCCCAAAUCUUGGAGGAAGGUCGAAGGGGUGCUGA